GUGGAGUUUCUGCCCUUUUUUCCUUUUUCUUGUUCUUUUUCUUUUGGCAUCAUCAUCAUCAUAUCAUAAGUAUCAAGCCUACUUAAGCAUGCGUCGGUCAUUGUGCUUUCACAGUUUUUUUCUUCUUCUUUUCUUCUUCUUUUCUUCUUCCCCUUUUCAUCUUUUUUUUUGGCAAAGGCGAGUUGAGUUUAGUUUCUCGAUGAAAUAUGAUAUCCAUAGCGCGCACACUGGGGGUAUGGGGGUCUGGAUGUAGGAUGCUUCUUGAUUUUUGUUUUAUUUAUUCUUCUUCUUCGAUGAUAUCCAAAUCUUAUUCUGUUUCUGUUUUUGUUCUGUUUGGUUCUAUUCUGCUUGGUUCUGUUCUGUUGUGUGCGGGUGUUUUGUUGUUCGUUUGUUGUGAGGCUUUUCAGUUUAAUUUCUAUUCACUCUACUUACUUCUUAGUUCUUACUUCUUUUCUUCUACUGUUCUUUUUCGUAUACCUACACACGAUCGUAUAUCUAGUUUUUUUCUUCUCCUUUUUAGUUUGGAGGUUUUUGGGUAGGAAAGGUGUGGGUGAUGUGGGUGAUGUACCGUGUACGAGCUAUGGUUGUGGUUGUGGAUUGGUUGUGGAUUGGACACGACGGUGGGGCGCGGGGAGCGGGGGGGG